GGUGCUCUCCUCCGAGCCCAGCACACUUUUGGCUGCAGCUUUGGUGCUUGGAGCCGAGUGAGGUCAGUCCUGGAACCUGCGUUGUGGGAAUCCCGCUUGGGAGGAAACAUUCCAUUUGGGGGGUAUGGGGGACACACACCUGUAAUCCCAGCACCCGAGAGACAGAAAAACUUGGAGUUCAAGGCCAGCCUGGGCUGCACAGUGAGACUCUGUCUCAGAAAGCCAAACGUCAAGGCAACCACAAGAUGGCGGAGUCCUCUGAUGGAGUUUGAAAGGAUUUCCUGAAGAACAAAUGCUUGCCCGGUGCCCACACCUUCAACGUGAGCCUCUCCAGGCGCCUCAUCUCACUGCAUACCUGGUUCCCCUGCUCACCGGUCCCGCCAGCCAUUUCAACCAGAGAUCUGCCUCAGAGGGGUGUGCAAUGAGUCCUUUAACACUUUCUGAUGGGGAAUACUUUCUGGAAGAGCCGUUGUCAGCAAGCGAGGAGACAGAAGAGCCGUGCACAUGGAAGCUGUCUUUAGUUUCUGUUCCAUUGCUGUAAAGAGACACCAUGACCACAGCAACUUGUAGAAAGUAUUUACCUGAGGCUUGCUUACAGCUCCGGGGUCUGAGUCCAUUGUCAUCGUGGUAAGAAACAUGGUGGUGGGUAUGGCAGGCCUGGGAGGCAUACUUCAGAGCUACAUCCUGAACCACAGGCCAAAAGAGACGGACAGAGCCUAGCCUGGAAUUUUGAAAUCUCGUAGCCCAGUUGCAGUGAUCGGCUCCCUUCAAUCUAUUCCACCUGAUCCUAAUCCUUUCAAAGAGCUCUACUCCCCGGUCACUAAGCAUUUUAAAUAGAUGCGCCUAUGGGGCCAUUCCGAAGAUAUCAGCUCUCUGCCAUCCUUGUUAAUUCUUUUCUCCUCUUACACAGCACCUGUGCUCGGAGCCUAUGCCAGACACAUCUGUGAGACUCCCUUCGCCGCUGCAGCACACGGAGGGGUGCUGAGUUCCUCACUUUUACGACAAGCGUCAGUGGGUGGGUGUAUUUCUACUUUACCUUACACUCUCACACAGCCAUGCCUGUCAGGCAUGAAGCGGGCGGAUAAUCCACUCAAUUCGGGAGAUCAAGUCAGAUCCUUUAUCAAGAUGCAUAGAGCGCCCAGUGCCUGUAUUACGAUCUUGGAUCUUUGGGGGGAUGGGGUAGAGUCUGGGACAGAACACAGCACAGAAACUGAAGUGCUUAUUGUCUGACCAUCAGCUAAGAUUCUGGGAGCUAGGAAUGGGACCGUCUUGGAUGAACAGAAGUAAAAAUGCCCCUUCUUUAUGACUUUUGACGUCCCUCAGCCACUCUGGAAUGGAUGAACAAACACUGAUACGGGUAAUACAUAGUCUUGUUGCUGCUUGUUGAUGCUGGGAGGAAACCUAGGACCUAGCACGUGCUAGGCAAGUACUCUACCACUGGGCUACCUCACCAGCUUGUAUGAAAUAUCCAUGAGGUACUGGGGCCCAGUGUGUAGAGAAGAAAAGCGUGGGUGUCUCAGUUCCACCAAGUCCGCCAACAAGAAGAAUGUACCAGCAGAAUGUUUAUGGAGCCAGCUGAGCAAAGGGUUCUAAGAGGACAGCACCCUCACCCAGGAGACCCUUCAGCGCUGAGGACCCAUGUGCCGAGCCUCAGGCUGUGAUGUGGUGUUUUUAUUCUCUCUUUUCCCAUAGGAUCAUGGCGUAUCAGCUUGACCUUCUCAUAGGCGUGGUCUUCAUGGCCAGCCCCGUGUUAGAAAUGUCUCCCUGCUUCUCUGAUGGCCGGAUAGCCUUAUUCCGAGGUUGUAACCUUACCCAGAUUCCCUGGGUCCUCAACACGACUGAGAGGCUCCUACUCAGCUUCAAUUACAUCAGUACGGUUGUCACCACAUCGUUUCCACUCCUGGAGCAGCUCCUGCUACUGGAGCUGGGGACCCAGUAUGCUCGCUUGACAAUUGGCCAGGAGGCCUUCCGAAACCUGCCCAACCUCAGGAUCUUAGACCUGGGCCAGAGCCAGAUUGAAGUCUUGAAUCCAGACGCUUUUCAGGGACUGCCCCAUCUCUUCGAACUUCGGCUGUUUGACUGUGGACUCUCCAAUGCUGUAUUAAGGGACGCUUACUUCAGAAAUCUAAAUUCACUAGCUCGCUUAGACCUCUCUGCCAACGAGAUUCACAGCCUUCACCUCCACUCUUCAUUUCAGGAACUGAGUUCCUUAAGCGAUAUAAAUUUUUCUUUCAACCGGAUAUUCACUUUAUGUGAAGAUGAACUCCAGCCUCUCCAGGGCAGAACACUUUCUUUCUUUGGCCUCAAAUCAACCAGCCUGUUCAGCAGAGUCUUCGUGGACUGGGAGGCAUGCAGGAACCCCCUCAGAGGCAUAAGGCUAGAGACUCUAGACCUUUCUGAAAAUGGCUGGACAGCGGCCAUCUUAGGGAACUUCAGCCACACCAUCCAGGGAAGCCACAUUUCCUCUUUGAUUCUUACAUACCACAUCAUGGGUUCUGGCUUUGGCUUCCAGAACAUCAAAGAUCCCGACCAGAGCACAUUUGCCAGCCUGGCCAGGAGUUCGGUGCUACAACUGGACCUUUCACACGGCUAUAUCUUCUCCUUGAACCCCCGACUGUUUGAGACGCUGAAGGAUUUGAAGAAGCUGAACCUUGCCUUCAACAAGAUAAACAAGAUCAGCGAUUACGCGUUUCAUGGACUCGACAGCCUACAGAUUCUCAAUCUAUCCUAUAAUCUUUUGGGAGAACUCUACAAUUCCAACUUCUAUGGGCUUCCUAGCAUAGCCUACCUUGACCUUCAAAGGAACCACAUUGGGAUCAUUCAAGACCGAACAUUCAGAUUAUUAAAAAAGCUACAAACCUUAGAUCUCCGUGACAAUGCUCUUAAAACCAUUGGUUUUAUUCCAAGUGUACAGAUGGUCCUCCUGGGUAGCAAUAAGCUGACCCAUUUGCCACACGUCCGCUUUACCGCCAACUUCAUAGAGUUAUCUGAAAAUGGGCUAGAAAAUCUGUCUGACCUCUACUUCCUCCUGCGAAUCCCCGGUCUCCAGUUUCUCAUCCUAAAUCAGAACCGCCUUUCGUCCUGCAGCAAUGUGGACUACGCCCCUUCCCAGAACCUGAGCUUAGAACAGCUUUUCCUUGCAGAGAACAUGCUACAGCUCGCCUGGGAGACCGGCCUCUGUUGGGAUAUUUUUAAAGGCCUUUCCCGCCUCCAAAUCCUUUACCUGAAUAAUAACUACCUUAAUUUCCUCCCGCCCGGAAUAUUUAACGGCCUGGUUGCAUUACGGAUGCUCAGUCUCAGUGCUAACAGGCUAACCAUGCUCUCUCCGGGCAGUUUACCUGCUAAUUUAGAGAUUCUCGACAUAUCUAGAAAUCAGCUUUUCUCUCCCGACCCUGGUUUGUUUUCUUCGCUCCGUGCCUUGGACAUAACUCACAACGAGUUCAUCUGUGACUGUGAACUUAGCACUUUUAUCGUCUGGCUCAACCAAACCAAUGUCACCCUAUUCGGUUCUCCUGCAGAUGUAUAUUGCAUGUACCCCAAUUCACUGCUAGGGAGCUCCCUCUACAACAUAUCCACCAAGGACUGCGAUGAAGAGGAAGCCGUGCGCUCCCUAAACUUUUCCCUUUUCAUCCUGUGCACAGUCACUUUGACUCUGUUCCUCGUCAUCACCCUCAUAGUCACAAAAUUCCGGGGGAUUUGUUUCCUGUGUUUUAAGACCAUCCAGAAACUGAUGUUUAAGGGCAAGUUCCGGAAUCCGGAACCUAGCGCAUACAGAUAUGACGCCUACUUCUGCUUCAGUAGCAAAGACUUUGAAUGGGCACAGAACGCGCUGCUCAAACACCUGGAUGCUCAGUACAGUUCCCAAAACAGGCUCAGGCUGUGCUUUGAAGAAAGAGAUUUCAUUCCGGGGGAAAACCAUAUCUCCAACAUCCAGGCAGCUGUCUGGGGCAGCAGAAAGACGGUAUGUCUAGUAAGCAGACACUUCCUUAAGGAUGGCUGGUGCCUGGAAGCCUUCAGGUAUGCCCAGAGCCGGUGUCUGUCUGACCUCAAGCGUGUUCUCAUCGUGGUAGUGGUGGGUUCGCUGCCCCAGUAUCAGCUAAUGAGACAUGAGACCAUCAGAGGGUUUCUGCAAAAGCAGCAGUAUUUGAGGUGGCCCGAGGACCUCCAGGAUGUUGACUGGUUUCUCGAUAAACUGUCUGGAUGCAUACUGAAGGAAGAGAAAGGAAAGAAGAGAAGCAGUCCCAUUCAGUUGCGAACCAUAAGGACGGUUUCCUAGUGAUCGGAAGGAACAUUUUGCAAGCACCGCAAAUAGCUCUCUGACUGGACGUGCGUAGCCAUUGGGGGUCCUUCCCCGGGGUCGCUUUCUGUCUAUGAAAACAAUAUCGAUUUCUUGAUUUUCGUGUCAACAGGGUGCUUUGUCUCGGUGACCUCCAAAUGGAAAGUAAUAGGUCCAGAAAACUGCAGCUGCCUCUAAGGACUCUCACCUGCCAUUGAUUUCCUCUCAAGCCCAAUAACACCAUUUCCUCCCAUCCUGUUGCCUACUGCCAGCCACCCAGAUGGCAAGGGCACCUUGGGAGAAGUUACAGGUGGCUUCAUGCUUUCUGUGCUGUUCCGUUCAAAAGCAGGUGGCUUGAGAAUCCUGGGGUCUUAAUGCUCUGCAGAACAUGGACAGAUGAGAUAGAUCCUUCUCUGGCCAUAGGCUCUCACUCCACUAAGUGCACACAUGAUAGGAAGUUGGACAGACAGACGGAUGGCAGCAGCCCCAUCGCUGUGGUCAUGAUGCACUAACUUCCUGUUCUGACCCUGCAGGCCCAGCUUCUGUGGGCCACAGCCAUCUUCUGCACGGGACCUCUCGACCUGACAUUCACGCCCUUUCACCCGCCUAACUGUUCUUCUUUCUUCCCCACAACUAUACGACAGCUGUUGUAUCAGGUACACAACAGCUAUAGAAAGGAUGUGGCGUUCACACACCAAUUCCUUACUGGAUUCUGAUUCCUCGGAUCCUUCUCUGUGUAAGUCGAGUGUGCAGUGCUGUGGCCUGGGGGUUCUCUCCUGUAGGCCUCACAAUACCUACCUCAUAAGUAGUCUGUGCUUGGCCAUUGGCUGGGAAUGUCAACGCUUGUCUGAUCUUUUCCUUAAUUGCCCUCCUGAGCACGGGAGAAGACGCAUAUCCAGAGACCCCUGGAGUCUCUAGGGAUUUCUUUGAAUUUUUUUUUGUUUUGUUUUCAAUCCUAAAAAAGAUCAUAUCCAUCUUGUAUUACAAUCCUUUUCGUGUGUUUAUUAAUAGACCAACGUUUCUCCGCAAAAGCAUCCAGAAACUUUAAACCAAAGAACAUGUGUCACAGUACCCUAGCCUGCCCCACACAUCCAGUGGUGACCAGACCAGCUGUUGCAACGUGAAUACACAGAGGGGAACUCGGCCCCUAAAGGGCCACUCCCGUAGCCUCACCGUGACGGACACUCACGUACCAGCUUCUUCGACCGCUUCCUACCCAUGUGUCUGAGCUCACCCUCCAGUCAGCAGUAUGUUUGUCCUUAUUCAAACAGUGUACAAUCCCACUCUACUCUUUUUUUUUCUGGAAUGUUCUCUGGUAUCUUUUCACCCAUUCUUCACGUCCUUUGAAAUUCACAAAGACCCCAUGAAUCCUUCUGACCCAAAGCCCUCCACCUCCAUUCUGAAAACUCGUGGUACAAUGUCAAUUAUUUCUAGUCCAGGACUGACUCUGUCUGCCCCUCUGGACUGUAAACUCCCUGAGGAAAGGCCCUGUGCUCUGGGUCCACCCUCACUAAUCAUAGCAUCAUACUUGACUGGGGGCCACGUGGGAGUCAGUCUGCCACCUGAACAUCCUGUCCAAGCUUCUUCCUCCACUAACUCCCACCAGGGCCAUUUCCCCCACGGUGGCACGACUGCUUCUUCCUAGUGGCCUCAGGUUUCCAUCACUGAAAUGUGUGCAGUGAUGUGUUUGGUGUACGACAGGUCACCACAGCUGUGAACCCUGCUGGCGGGACCUUUUUUGUUUAUCUGUUUGUCCUGGGCCCAGCAUGGGGCCCAGUCCACAGUAAGUUCUUAAGAAAUACCUGACGUGUCUGGUGAUACAGCCUUUCUUAUGGGUCACUGUAGCUGUCUUCUGCUCUUAGAUCUCAGGGAGGGGGAGUGACACUCACAGAGAAAAUGAAGGCUGGCAGAAGAUGUUACAGGCUCGGGGAAGCACUGGGCCUCAUCGUGUGGUAUGGAGCUCCUGGAGGGGACAGCCCCAUCUAGAGCAGCCAAGAGUUGUGUUAGAAUUGAGGAAUGGGUGCGAGGAGGCAGGAAAACAGCCCCAGGUCAUCCAUGGAAAAUACUGUCUUUUUAUCCUUGUUCUGAGGGGUACAGCAAAACUGGACCCCAGCCCUCCUUCCAGCGAUGGACCCCUUCUGCCAACGAGAAUCACAAGCACCACUCCUGAGGACAGAUCAGCAUCACCACACCAUUGCUCAUCAGCCUUGGCUCUGUACACACUGAGGGAUGGCCAUGGUGCUCAGAGAUCUCCGCAGAGCCUCUCCCUGGAAGGAGACAGCGCUGCACCAGCUGAGGAAGACGAGAUCUGGGAAAGUAUGAACUAUGGGCGUGCGGCUCCGUAGAUCUGCCUUCUUUUCUUUUCACUUCCUACCUCUGUUCUAAGAGCAUUUUCCUGACAUGUUGGACUUCCGUUUUUCUCUAAAGCCCCCCUACCCCGUAUGCACUGUGGGUGCCUGUCUGUCACGUGACUGACCUCCAUGCUGACUUAAAACCACUGUGCUCCCUUUGCUUCUCCAGCUCUUCCUCCUGGCAUCUGCUGAGAUGCACAACCUGCCUGCCCUGGGGGUUUUGAUUUUAAAGUUAAACUGUAACAAAAUUGUUCUCAAUCUGAAAGAAAGAAACAAAGAAACAAAGAAAGACAGAAAGGAGGGAGGGAGGGAGGGAGGGAGGGAGGGAGGGAGGGAGGGAAGGAAGGAAAGAAAGGAAGGAAGGAAGGAAGGAAAGAAGGGAGGGGAGGGAGGGAGGGAGGAAGGAAGGAAGGAAGGAAGGAAGGAAGGAAGGAAGGAAGGAAGGAUGGAUGGAUUUCACUGCUAGCAAGAAAAUGGGGACAUUUGUUCUCUUUAGCCACUAGAGAAAUAUAAAUUACAGCCCCAUUGUGGCACUACCCGCCCGGCUGAAUGACUGGAAUCAAGAUGACCAGCAGUACCGAAUAGUGAGAAAGACAGGGAAUGGCAGAGACUCCUUGGUUGGUAGUGAACAUUUUCAGAAAACCAACUGUCAUUUCCUGCAUCGACACACGCCCCACCCAGGCCAGCAGCGUGUGCCUACUCCACCAGGUGCUUCAUCAACGUUGUUUACAGCAGCCAAUACAGGAAACUACUUUCUGGUCCAUUAGCCAUAAGUGAACAGACCGUGUUCAUUGAUAACCUAAACAGGAGCUUCAAUCAUUGAAAUUAUCAGUAACCACAGGUGCCCGUCUCACAGAAAUGCUGGCCGUGGAGAAUGGCGAUCAUGUAUGAAGUCUUUAAAAAUAGUCGGCGCCCACCUCUGGUGACACUGUUGACAACAGUCGCCUCUGAGGCUUGCCGAGGGGACUCCGAGACGCUGGGUAUGCUCCAUGUCUUGACCUGGACAGCAGUGAGCAAGUGUGUGCACUCUGUGUGGAUGGGAUUGUUUUUCUCCGAGGUCUUAUUCUGCUGUUUAAAAUCAAAGAAGCUUACGGAGCAGGCACGUUUUAUCAUGUAGAACGGAUGGGGCAAAUAUCUCACCGGACAAACACCUUACUUUUGGGGGGAAGGCCCUUUGAGUAUCAUUGUGUUUCCCUGUGCUGACAGUGAUUUCUCUGGGGACUUUGGGAGAUCACCAGGUUACAAGAGGACACAAGCGUUCAUUAUGCACCUUUGGUAUUAAAUUCUUUUCUUUCUACAUUUGUUUGUAUGUUGUGGGGGUGUGGGGGUGUGGCUUGCACACACCAUGGCACAUAUGUAUGGAGAUCAAAAGACAACUUGUGGGAAUCACCUCUUUUCUUCCACCAUGUGGACUACAGGGCUUGAACCCAGGUCAUCAGGUAUGGUGGCAAAGCCCUUUAACCCCUGAGCUGUCACUGAGGUAUCUCAUCGGCUCCUUCGAUGCUGUCUCUUGUUUAACACCACAUAUUCGCUUUGUUAAUAAAUCUUUAAGUAGGCAAAAUAAAAUAAAAUCAAGAUAAUGAUA